CACACGCGCCUGGGCAAGCUGGCCGUGGUGGUGGCCUCCUACCGCCGCCUGGGAGCCCUGGCCGCCGCGCCCAGCCCCCUGGAGCUCUGCGACGACGCCAACCCCGUGGACAACGAGUACUUCUUCGACCGCAGCUCGCAGGCUUUCCGCUACGUCCUGCACUACUAUCGCACCGGCCGCCUGCACGUCAUGGAGCAGCUGUGCGCGCUCUCCUUCCUCCAGGAGAUCCAGUACUGGGGCAUAGACGAGCUCAGCAUCGACUCCUGCUGCAGGGACAGAUACUUCAGAAGGAAAGAGCUGAGCGAGACUCUAGACUUUAAGAAGGACACGGAUGACCAGGAAAGCCAGCAUGAGAGUGAGCAGGACUUCUCACAGGGACCUUGUCCUACGGUCCGCCAGAAGCUCUGGAAUAUCCUGGAGAAGCCUGGGUCUUCCACAGCUGCCCGAAUCUUUGGGGUCAUCUCCAUCAUCUUCGUGGCCGUGUCCAUUGUCAACAUGGCCCUGAUGUCCGCAGAGUUAAGCUGGCUGAACCUGCAGCUGCUGGAAAUCCUGGAGUACGUGUGUAUUAGCUGGUUCACCGGGGAGUUCGUCCUGCGCUUCCUGUGUGUGCGGGACAGGUGCCUCUUCCUGAGAAAGGUGCCGAACAUCAUAGACCUGCUUGCCAUCUUGCCCUUCUAUAUCACGCUGCUGGUAGAAAGUUUGAGCGGCAGCCAGACCACGCAGGAGCUGGAGAACGUGGGGCGCAUCGUCCAGGUUCUGAGGCUGCUGAGAGCUCUGCGCAUGCUAAAGCUGGGCAGGCAUUCCACAGGGUUACGCUCCCUUGGCAUGACCAUCACCCAGUGCUAUGAAGAAGUCGGCCUACUGCUCCUAUUUCUGUCUGUGGGAAUUUCUAUAUUUUCAACUGUUGAAUAUUUUGCAGAGCAAAGCAUUCCUGACACGACCUUCACAAGUGUCCCUUGUGCAUGGUGGUGGGCCACCACAUCCAUGACUACCGUGGGGUAUGGGGACAUUAGGCCAGACACCACCACAGGAAAAAUCGUGGCCUUCAUGUGUAUAUUAUCAGGAAUCCUUGUCUUGGCCUUGCCAAUUGCUAUUAUUAACGACCGCUUCUCUGCCUGCUACUUCACCUUGAAACUCAAGGAAGCAGCUGCGAGACAGCGGGAAGCUCUGAAGAAGCUCACCAAGAAUAUAGCCACUGACUCAUAUAUCAGCGUUAACCUGAGAGAUGUCUACGCCCGGAGCAUCAUGGAGAUGCUUCGUUUAAAAGGCAGAGAAAGAGCAAGCACAAGGAGCAGCGGGGGAGACGAUUUCUGGUUUUAAAUUGGCUUGCAGUUGAUUUCCAAAAGCUGUGUACAAUUAACUAAAUUGAUAAAGCCCUGCUAUGAAUGCUUGCAUUGCCGCUGAGGAAUCUUCUGAGUUCUGCCCACUUUGUAUUUGGUGAUACAUUAUUUGGUCCAACGGAAUAUUUCACACGCCCCACCACAGCAAUUACACAUUGCUUUUUGACACAGUUGUGUCUCAAAAAUGCUCAAUUAGCAUAAGCAAAAACAGUUACACAAUUCACACCUGUCUGAAUUGUCGGAUCUGAAUUAACAUUAUGACAAUACAUGCAAUAUAGUUAAAAGUUUUAUGUGUCACUACUUUUAGAAAGAUUUUUGCACCACUAAUUUUUUAAAUGGAAGUUAAACUGCUAGUCCAGAGAUAUAA